ACUUCGGGGAGGGAUUUCGUAACGUCUUACAGUUGGCCAACAGUAACCAGAGAUUUUAUGGAUCAAGAUAACCAUUUGCCUUCGGAGUAUUUCGAAGAAGUCACAGUUAUCGUUGGUCAGGCCCUGCUGAAGCUCCAAAAUGCUGUCACCACAGCGAUUCAACGAGCCCGCCAAAGAGUUGCACAGGGCUUCACUGUGCUCUCUGUCAUCCUUCUGCUCCUCAUGAUCGCUGCCUUUUUAUAUGGGAGCUUUUAUUAUUCAUAUAUGCCCAGGGCAGCUUUUUCUACUCCUGUGCACUAUUACUACAGGACAGACUGUGUUUCUCCAUCUUCUUUUCCAUGCUCUAUUCCUGUGGCCAAUAUCUCUCUGAUGAAAAACAAGAAACACGUGCUGACUUUCGGCCAGGUCUAUCAGAUCUCUUUGCAGCUGGAGAUGCCUGAUUGCCCAACCAAUCAGGAGUUAGGGAUGUUCAUGAUCAAAACAACUUGUUUCACUCAGGAGGGAGGGCAAAUUGCUGCCUCUGCUCGCUCUGCAAAUCAGCUGCUGAAGGCCUCCAGCUCUCGCUUUGGCAUGCUGCGAUACCGGUCUGACCUGCUGAAGACUCUGGGAACAUUGCUGUUCCUCCCGGCCUUUCUGAGUGGAGUGGCCGAGCAGAAACAAGUGCUGGAGGUGGAGCUCUUCUCAGAGUACAAGGACGACCCUUACGCCCCCUCAGUUACAGCUGUCAUUGAGAUCAUGUCUAGCAAGAUCCAGAUCUACUCAGCUCAUCUGUACAUUCAUGCUCAGUUCACUGGCUUAAGAUAUUUGAUGUUUUACUACCCUUUCCUGUCGGCUUUGGUGGGUGUGUCAAGUAACUUCGCCUUCCUCAGCUUCCUGUUCAUCCUCAGCUACAUAAGGCAGCUGCUGGGUGUUGGGCAAAGAUCUGAGCAGCUGACGAGAGACGGACCGCUGCCAGAGGUGAGGGAGAACACAAACAACCAGCUGCACGGUGACAAUAGUGCUGCAGGUACUGCAGAUCUACUGGGACCCCUCCAGAUGGACUUCACAGAUCUGAGCAGAGAUGAUCCACACUUGGAUUCUGACAACAGCCCAGAGAGUUACAAUGGAAAUACGCCUGGUCAAGAUGAAAUGACUGAGUCUGAGGCAGCUUGAGGCUUUUAAUGAACGAGAGUUUGCAGAAAGUGAACUGAUAGUUAACUAAAAGGAUAAAGAUUUAAUAUCUAUCGCUAGUUGAUUAUUUAGGUAGAAUACGUUACAUGCUCUUUACUUUUUUCUCACUGUUUUACAACCUUUUAAUGAUAUUGACACUUUUGCACCUUUGUUGUCAUAAAUCAAAUCUUUAAUUUUUUUAAUGCUUGUAUUAUUUUGCACUUAGUAUAAAUUGAUGAAAUAGAUAUACUCUGCAGUGUAACAAGAAGCUAUGGCCUUAAAUAAAUGUUGCCUGGUAAAAAGUAAAUUUUCAGUUGAAAGGAAGGAAGGAACUGAACCAGUUUUACCAAAGUGCACAUGUCAUAAAACUGAAUUGUUAAAUGUUCUGGGG